AGCUUGUUUUAAAAAAAAAAAAACAAUAUUGGUGACAGCAGGAUAUGCGUGUGGCAAGACAGUCAGCUCAGUGUUCACCUAUAGUGGUGGCUGUAAGCUGUCUUUACAGCAUCCCAACCUGGGUAAAUUAUCUGCUGGAUGUGUGGCUGAGAUCAGAAGAAACAUCUGGAGCAUCAAUAAAUCCAAGGUGGAGCGGGAGACAGGAGAUGGCAGAGGGCGGCGUGGCUCGGUACCCUCAAGUCUUUGUGGUGGACAGCCAAGCUGGCUUCUUCCCCGCUCCCAGACCUGUGAAAAAAACACGAUGGACUCCGACAGGAAACAAGUUUCUUCUGCUGGUGGUGGCGCUGGCCAUGCUGGGACUUGUUGUGGAGGGAUGUUUUGUCUAUAAACUUUACCUGAUAACUGAGGCAUUUUCCAUCUGUGUGUCAGAUCCUCUCUGUCGAAACAUGUCCAACACUAGAACAUCCGCCCAGCAGGUUGGCUCCUUAAAUGGUCGCGUGCCAUCGGAAGGAGGCUCCAAUGAGGUUCACCCAGUACCAACUCUGCUGGGACCGAAGCCCUUUGCUCACCUGAUAUGCAGCAGCGAUCAGUUUGGGGAGAAAAAUGUGGUGCAGUGGGUGGACAAAGAUGGCGACUCCAUCACCCACCAGAUGGGCUACAAAAAUGGCCGCCUAUUGGUGGAGAAGGACGGUUAUUACUACCUCUACUCCAAAGUGCAGAUAAAUGCUGCAGAAGUGUGUUCGCUCAUCGAGCACAAAGUGAUGAAAGACACAGGAGCAUACGACCAAUCUAUAGAACUUAUGCAAUCAAAGAGGUCCCGCUGCUGGACUCCAGAACCUUCAAGUGUCAAGUCAUCAGGUGGAGAGGAUCUAUGGGACAGUUACCUGGCGGGAAUUUUCCACCUGCAGUCCGGAGAUCAAAUUUUUGUCAUAGUGGAUAGCAUACGCAAGUUGCGUCCAGGACCGACUGAAAAUUUUAUGGGCGCCUUUAUGAUAUCUGCACAGAAACAUGUUUAAAAAUAUAUCUAACUCAUCACACAUGUGUUUCAUUGUGAUUAAUUUCUUCCUUCCUUUUUCUCUGAAUGUACUUGAAGCACUCCAAAAAAAAAA